AUGUCGGCUCUGCUUCGAGAAUUGCUGCGACUCAUCGCCACGGCAGGAACGUGGGUCUGCCGCAGGAUUCGAGAAGCAUUUGACAAGACCUCGUCUCGGCCGCCAGGGAAGGCAAAGCCCUCCUUCAUCCUGGCACUGCCGCCAGAAAUACUUCUUCUCAUUAACAAGGACCUACCACCCCAUUCUCGCAUCUUGUUCUCCCAAUCUUGCAGCGCCCUGCAGGUGCUGCUUGGCGACAAGGGGGCAGGCGCACGCCUCAACUACAAGGACCACAUCGAGUACCUCACCGCCCUUGCCUACGACCUGCCGACCAAGUGGGUGUGCGAGGAGUGCGUCAGGCUCCAUGAGUUUGCUAUGUCGGAUACCCCUCAAAAGCCCCAAAACACAUCGUGCCCCCUAGGAUGGCGACGGCUGCACGAGGGCACCCCUUUUCUUGGGCUUCACGCGGUGGCCCCGCAUCACCGCCACGUCCAGAUGGCACUCAAGGCUCAGCGCCUUGGUACAGUGAGCAGCCAACUCCGGCGUCAUGUGAACGCCAUCAUGGCCCCUUCAGUCAGGCCCUUCAAGGUCCAGUGCUCCAGUGGCGGGCCAAACGCCUUGGCGGCCCACUGCGUGACGAUUCCGAGGAUACUAGACGGGCGAUUCGUCGUGCUCACCAUCUGGGUGUACCGCCGCAGAGAACACCCCAUUACCCUCAGCUCUUUGGGCUGCUUGCUCGUCUGUCAUUCGACAUGCACGUGGUGGGACGCAAUCUGCCACGGAAGGCAAGACAUCCGCGCAUACCCUGGGUCCGAGCCCUUCUUCGUUGGGCUCCGAAGCACGCGCGAAGCAGCCAUGAUGACCUCGGACGGUAUAGCGAGCGGGUUCUGCAGUCGCUGCUCCACCGACUACAGCGUGGCGCUAUCCCCCAGCGUCACGGGCAUCUUGUCUUGGACAGACCUCGGGCCUGAGGGAUCCUGCAUGAGGAGGGCCUGGAGGGACUUUCUUCCCACGGUCUGCCGCCGAUACAGCUGCAGGGUGCACGACCCGCGAUAUGGCGGCCACGGGCACGGUGGAGGUGGCGCAAGGAGAAGACCGGCCCACGCACCAGGCAGCAUCCGGAGACGCUUCGACGCGGAUGUCCUUUACGACUUGGAUAGCACUAGGGGGGUGGGGCGCUUGGCCGUACGCGACCGGGAUGGCUGGGUUGUGAAGGUACCUCUUACUGGCAGCAGAUGA